AUCCACGGGGCACGACGAGUACGGGUUUGGUUAGCCCUUCAUGGGCGGAAAGCCCACUCCAGAAGGAUAAUCAUGUAAUUUGGAAGAAAAUGUGUAUUAGAAUCCUCUCUAUCCCAAAACCGUUAUCCUCUUUCCUUUAAGCUUCUGUCUUUUCUCUGUGUUAAAGGGUUAGUUGGUUUCGUCAGUCUUUGAGCAGUUCCCAUGUCUUCUUUUGUUAUGAUUUUGGCUUUUUGAUGAUCAAUUUGGUCAAUAAGCUUUAGUGAUAUAAUGCCUUUCUAUGUUGUUAGUAAGCAGCUUAGUGGUCCGUUUAGUGCAAUUUGUAGUCUUCUGUUACUGUUAUUGCUUUGAGAAGCCAGAAAAUGCAGGCUUCAGUACAUGUUAUUCUUAAUGAGCACUUCAAUGGUUUUACCAAGUUUAGUCUUUAUUGACCAAAACCCAUAUAGGAAUUCUAUUUCUAGUUCUACUUCUACUUGCUCCAAUUUUUUAAUUCAGUUUAGUAGAAGGAGGGGAUUUUGUGAGUUAGUUCCAAAUGCAAAGAAGAAGAAGAAGAAGAAUAGGAAAAGAAGUUGGUGGCAAAGGUUCUUUUUUGAUGAUGAUGGCAACUGGCUUGGUUUAAAAGAUGAUGAUAUGCUUGAGACUGAGACUGAGUUUUCAGAGAGUAGUUCAAGUGUUGAAAUUUUGUCUGAAGAGGAGAAAUUUGAAGCAUGGAAGAGGAGAGCUGAGGCCAUCGUGGAGUUGAGGGAAGCACAAGAAGACAUGUUGAAUGAGGAGAGUAGGAGGUGGGAGGACUGGAUUGUGGAUGAUUCUCAUAAUAAUAAUGUGAACGGUUCUUGGUGGAGUCAAGAUUUGGAUGGUGGUGGCAAUGGUGCAAUCGGUGGCUCAGCAGACGAUGUGGGGUCAGAUCCUAGUGACUUGGUUCCAGAGAAAGGGUUUGUUGAGUCUGUUAGAGAUUUGGUUCUUGGUGGGGAAGAGGAGGAUUUGCUUUAUGAAGACCGAAUUUUCCAAUAUGCCUCCUUGAAUUCGGCUAAAUUUCUCGCAGUAUUGAUAUUGAUUCCUUGGGCACUGGAUUUUGCUGUUCAUGACUAUGUUCUCAUGCCCUUUCUGGACAGGUACGUGAAGACUGUACCACUUGCUGCGCAGAUGCUUGAUGUAAGAAAAGAUCAGAAGCUUGAAAUGGUUAAGGAACUAAAGACAGAGCAAGCUAGAUUGCGGCUUGAAGUAGAGAUUGGUAAAUCUCCACCUCUUUCUGAUGAGGAGGUCUGGUGGGAGCUACGGCAUAAAGCGUUAGAGCUACGAGAUGAGUGGAGAUUAGAAAACCGUCGAGCAUUUGCGAACAUAUGGUCGGAUAUGAUAUUUGGGAUCUCAUUAUUCGUCCUUUUAUACUUCAAUCAGAAUAAAGUAGCUUUGCUGAAAUUUACUGGAUAUAAGAUAGUAAAUAAUGUUUCAGACACUGGGAAGGCCUUUCUGAUUAUCCUUAUUACAGACAUUUUUUUAGGGUAUCAUUCUGAAUCUGGUUGGCAGACAUUGUUGGAGAUACUUGUUGAACACUACGGCCUUGACAUUGAUAAGGCUGCUAUUACUAUUUUCAUCUGCCUGGUUCCAGUUGUUAUUGAUGCAUGCGUGAAGCUUUGGCUGCAUUUGGACAAAAUGAUUUCAAAAAUACAGAAACUUUUUCUUUUUAAAUGUAAACAGGCCCCUAAAAGAUCGUUGGAGCUCUGAUACCACUGUUGGAUUUGUGAAGAAGAAGAAAAUGAACAUUUAAGAAACAUAACAUGGCAAAUACAAAAACAGAAGGUUACCUAACAAGUAUGGUUCACCAUACUUUUGACUCUUUAACUUGUUUCCUUAAAACAAGGAGUUCCACUCCUUUUAAAUAAACCAUAAAUAUCUUAACAAAUUUCAACUAAAUCUCACAUUCCAACAUUAAUCUAGGGGGAAAAGCUUUUGUUUUAUUUAACACAUUCUAACUAAAAUAUCAAUUUGUAACAGCAUAUCUUGUUUGUCUGUCUGUUAUCUGUGUGUGAACUGGAAACAUGUAGCUCACUGAAAAUUGGCUAAACCUAUGACUCCAGAUUCCAGCAAUGACAUUAUCUUUUAAUCGCUACAUUUAAAGUUAAUAAUUUAAGCACAGGAACGGCGAUGCAUGAAGAUAUUAAUGAAAUGAUUGAAUUCUGAAUCCAUUUAAUGUGUCUGUGUCCAUGUGUCCUCCCAAGGCUAACUACUUUGCAGUGAUUGUUUAACUAAGUUCUAAUGAAUCUUUUCCCGUGUAAGCUUGGUGUGCAUAAAAAUUAUGCAAGCUAGGUGUGCAUAAAAAUUAGUUAAGGGCAGUUACGGAAAAUGAACAUAAGACAGAACAAUAUUUGCAGUUCAAGUACCACUGGCAGCCUGGAUCUAAAUCUGUGUCAAAAAGUACUAUAAGCUAAGACUAAAUUGUGUCAACAAAUACCAAGAUGCCUUGUGUGAUUGGAAGUGCAUGCAAAACAGCUGUAGAAUACAAGGGUAGCAUAGUCAUAAACUAUUUUCCUUUGUCUAUGGGGCGGCCCUCUCAGGUAAGACUAAAUUGUGGGACCUGCCACUGUGGUUUAAGGUGUAUCUUUUCCUCUCUGAUCUAAAUAAAACUUCCAAAAAUAGCUCAGUGUAAAAGCUAAAAAUGCAAAUAAGUCUUUGAAUAAUUAUAUCCUAAAAUAUUUAUGUAAACA